UAAAGUCUGACAAUAUUCUCUUAGGUCUUGAUGGCAGUGUUAAGCUAACUGACUUUGGCUUUUGUGCUCAAAUUUCACCCGAGCAAUCAAAGCGAACAACAAUGGUGGGUACUCCAUACUGGAUGGCACCUGAAGUUGUUACUCGUAAGCAGUAUGGACCUAAAGUGGACAUAUGGUCUUUGGGUAUUAUGGCUAUUGAAAUGAUAGAAGGUGAACCACCAUAUCUUAACGAAAACCCUUUAAGAGCUUUGUACCUGAUUGCAACAAAUGGCAAGCCAGACAUAAAGGAAAAGGAAAAACUGUCCCAGAUUUUCCAGGACUUCCUUGACCAAUGUCUAGAAGUAGAAGUUGAAAAACGGUCUGGAGCCUCGGAACUAUUAAAGCAUCCGUUUUUAAAACUAGCUCGGCCCUUGGCCAGUCUGACACCUUUAAUCAUGGCUGCAAAGGAGGCAGCGAAGAGCCAUUAGAUGUGCUAGUGACCCAUAUGAGGGGUCCUGACUGCGCUUUUGGUGGCCACUCGCUCACUAUAGAAUGUUUGACUUCAGUAAAUUUAUAUUGUAGCCCAUCAUACCACUUCUACCCCUUUUAAAGUUCAACACAAUGUUGUUUUGUCUGUGCAUUCAGUCAAUUUUCAAAUGGAUAUUUUGUUUUUAAAUGGACAGUGUUGUUUCUCUUACUAAAUUUUGUGAACCUUUGACAUAAUGUAAAACGAAGUGAGUGGCAGCAACUGUCACAAGCUGAAAGCUACUGUGAGUUUGUUUGAGAAAAUUUUCAUCUCGUUUCUAAAUUGAUUUCUUGCCUCAAGCAUUUUUUUCUUUCAAAGUGCCAUUUUUGACUUUAGGACAUCUGUGAUUUUGAGGAAGUUCUUAAUGCUUGUGACUCCCAACAAUUGUCAAAAUUAAGUUGGUUCUGUGAUCUUCUAGGAGUGUGUAUAUUCAACUGUAGUGAGGAGUGGUCUCCUACCCUGUACUGUAUAGUGACAUAUCUAAAUUGGACAUUUAUUUAUAAAAGUGAUUAACUGAUUUGAGAUAGAUAGUAUGCCUUUGCAUUUAUUUUAGGACAUCAGUCAUAAUGUGAUGAAGAGAAAAUAUGUAAAUGAUUGUUAGCGUGUAAUUCUAAUUCAAAGGAACAAAAUGGGUGAAUUUUUUUAAAAACUUGUUUGUACUGAGGGUUUUUAUUUCUUUGUUCAUGAUAACUAUUUUUAAAGUGUAGUCCUAUUUCUACUUCUAGGACUUCUCCAGCAUUGUUCUUAAUCAGGGUUGUCAAGACAAGUAACAAUAGGUAGUUUGUCACUUAGUGGGUCAUUUUAUAGGUUGUCAAAUUCUUUGCGUUGUGUGUAUCUUAUAGAAAGUCCGGUUUUUAAUAGAUUUAGCUAUCUAUUUAUUUAUUUUUAAAUGUGUAUUUCCAAACUUAAUGAGAAUGUAGAUCAUUGUAUCAAAACUGAUCCCGAAACAUAAAUGUUCGUGAAGUGUCACUGCUGCAUCAAAACCAUCAUUAUUCUAUGAAAACGUGAAAGUUUAGAACUAGCUUUGGAACGUUUUUGAAUCAUUGAAUUUGUAUUAUUCUGCAAUCACUCUUGAAACACCUUUAUCCUGGGUUUUAUUAAUUAUUAUUAUGAGGUUUUAGUUCACAUUAUGUUCAAUGUAGCUUUGUCAUGAGUCACAUGUUUCCCCCUCCCCUGUUCUUUGCCUGUUUUGAAAAUUUUCUAGGAAGGGUUGUGAACUUUUGUAAAGCUUCACAUCAGUCAUGCAAUGCUCCAUCCUACUGUGGCUAAUGCCCUAUUUUUCUGUAUGUUUACCUCUGUACUCAAUGUAUCUGCUUGACUCAUUUUGUUCCACAAUAGAAGCACAAUAAUCCAAUUACAUAUAAAUGCUACUAACCAGGAGUGUCAAUGUCUACAAUGUGUGAUAAAUGUAUUGUCAUGAGGUAUGGAAAAUGAUUUUUAAUUUUUAAAUCAUUUUAUUGUGGAACCCUGUAAUAAUGCUUGUUUUGUUUGCUCCCUAAAUCAUUUACCCUAUCUCAUGCCUUUAUGUAACAAUCAGAUCAAGAGCAGGUAACGUAAGUUUUAUGUUGAUAAUACCAAAAAAUGUGAUAGUUUGCUCUGGCCAGUUAUCGGGCCAAGUAAACUUUUACUGUGUGGAUUGUUCUGUGCAGUGUGUGUGUUUUUCUUUGUCUUUGUCUUCUUUAUUUUGAUCCUUCUGUUACUUUUUCUUGAGGGGGAUUUUCAGCAUAACAUUGUGUGGUUUACACACAUUUUUCUGAUGAAUUAACUCUUUCCAUAUUUCAGUUCAAAUCAAUAAGCUGAAUGAGUAGCCAUUAGUUUUCUGAUUGCUCUCCUGCCUGAAUUAAUAUUGAUUCCUUUGUGCUUUUUUUCUUUUGUUGUAAAAAGUGACAAUUUUUACAUUUAUGAAGUAGCCUGUUUUAUUUUAAGAUUGUUUUUAAUUAUGAUUUAAUUGUUUUCCUCCCUUUUUUAAUGACAUUGUGUCGACUUGUGUUGUAGAUUUCAAAUUUGUGUUGGUAAUACCAGUGUGAAUGGCCUAAGUAAGAUUGUGAAAAAUAAAUGGUUUAUACCAUGUGCAUGCACAAUAUUCAGAGCCACAAAUUCUCUGUCUGUACUUCCUUAAGACAAAAAUGUUUCAUGGGAAACUAUGUGAAGGAAAAUUUCAAGUUUUGGAGCAAUCUUGCUUUGACUUUGCUGCCAAGUUAGCUUUAUUUGAUGCUGCAAGGUCACUUUACUCAAGCUUGUUCAAAUUGAUAGUCAGUCUUUCUUUUGUGUUAGCAUCUUCUGAACAUGUUUUAGUUUCCUUUUUAUUUUCCCUUGUCUCUCUCUUUCUCUCUCUUUCCUGUUGUUAUUUUAAAAAUAUAUUAUGUUAAACAUGUGUCUUUUCUAACAUGAUUCCGCAGCUUCUUUGCAAAGAAAUGAAAAAUGUAAAAGCAUCCAGUAAACCAAUGGGGAUUUUGUCGUCCUCGAGCAUUUUGCUUGUGUCGUCAGCAGUAUUAGCUUUUGUCCUCUCUAGUAAUUUUUUUUAUAAAAUUACUUUUUUAUUGUUAUGUUACUGAUUUUACUUUCUAUUUCUUUUUGUAUGUUCAGUAAACAGAUAUAAUAUAGUUUCUAGCCAUGAUUUGUUUGUGUUUCUAAUUUCUCUCAUUUGCUGUUAUUCGAAUACAGUUUUUUAGUUCAUACUGAGGCAAACACACCUCAAGCACAGACUUAAAGUUGUGACUUGUGCAUUUUAAUUUGAUCCGCACACUUCAUUCCUUCACAAGGCAUUUUUACCCGCAAUAUCUGAAGUGGCCUGAAGCUGAACCCAUUAACUACGUUGAAAGAAUCUUAAGUUUUUAUUUGAGUGGCAUUCUCUUAAAAGCUUUGCCUUUCUCUCUCAAAGUCUAUUUUUGUGACAAGUUCUUCAGUGUAUGCUAUAAUAGUGUCUCAAGGCUGUUUCAUUAUUUUCCUUCUGUCUCCAAUCAAACUGGUUAAGUGUCAUGGAAUGAAUGAAAUGCAGGGAAGGCUCAAAACAUAUUGAAGACACACUGACAAUAAGUACUUCAUGUGAAGUAUUCCGUAUUCCUACCUACUUUUUUUGCACACUACAUACUUAGAUGGAGCAAAAGCAAAGAGACUUGACACAUUGAUAGAAAUAAAAAGUACUUAUUUUUUGGCUCUUCUAGUGUGUAGAGUGGUGUAUUUUAAACAACCUUUCCACUGGCUUGGUAUUUUAUCUUAUGGCAGGAUACACUCCUUUGCUACUUUGCAUUGGUAUGAAUUGGUGUGUGACCAUCAGUUAACAUGUAUUAAAAUUUACCGUUUCUGUUUGGUCAGAAUGGUAAUGAUUUUGUUAUUGUUAACACAGUAUAUUUAAGGGCUGUACCCUUAUUAUUUCUGCCCCAUGUAAAAUUACUUCUGCUUGUAUUCAGCAAGUUACAAGAUCAUUGCAGAUUCUAUUUUGGCCAUAGCCAGUGUGUUGAAAGGAAGGAAACAGACAAAAUAUUAUCAGUGAAUGGGCUUUCUCUUGUAUUCCUUGAAGUAUUAAUUGAGUUUAUUAAAUUUCAAUGUACACAAAAGUAAUGCAGCUUUAACUCAACCUUAGAACUGCCAUAGUAAAAUUGUUUGUUUCCAGUUCCUGCUAGACCAAUCGUUAACUGUGCCCGAUUUCUCUCCUAUUUUCAUAUUGUUUGAAAUGGGUUUAAAUAAAUUAUUGUACAUAGAUUACGAUUUAGUCCCAUGUUAAGGCGCAUGGCAGUUCAGUCACAUGAUGGAACAUCCAAAGUGCUAUGUAUCAAAUCCAUCGGCGGGAACUGAAAGAAACUGUCAAUGAUUUGACAUCAAUUAUAUGCUUUUAUUACUCUUCAGAUUUUUAAUAAAGAAAAAUGAAUAAAACCA